AUCCGCUGCCUCCAUGUUGUUCAGGAAGUGAAAAGGGAUACUGUACAGAACUCUGACAGUAAUCUCGCUGGCGCUUAUCAUAAUUAGGCAGCUCUAUCUCCGAUCGAUCUCACUCAUUUCAACGUUUUUGUGACACAACACAACCAGCAGCCGGUUCCACUGCUUGCCGAUUUCGUGGGGGGCUACUGAUCGUUUGGGAUCACAAGUUAUGACUUCCCUCACAAAGAGAACUUCAGGCCUGGUGCAGCGGAAGACCGAGGCGCAUCGUAAUGCCGAGAAGGAGCGAGGGUCCGACGAAGAGGAGGACGAAGCUCGUCGCGUGGACGACGAAGAAGACGACAAGGGGGACGCGAAAGACACCCGACUCACACUAAUGGAAGAAGUAUUGCUCCUGGGCCUCAAAGACCGAGAGGGUUACACGUCCUUCUGGAAUGACUGCAUCUCCUCGGGUCUGCGAGGCUGCAUGCUGAUCGAGCUGGCCCUGAGGGGACGACUGCAGCUAGAAGCGUGUGGAAUGAGGAGAAAGAGUCUGCUUGCAAGGAAGGUCAUCUGUAAAUCAGACGCCCCGACCGGAGACAUGUUACUGGACGAAGCCCUAAAACACAUUAAAGACACACAGCCACCAGAGACUGUACAGAGCUGGAUAGAGCUGUUGAGCGGAGAGACAUGGAAUCCUCUGAAGCUGCACUACCAGCUGAGGAACGUGAGGGAACGUCUGGCCAAGAACCUGGUGGAGAAAGGGGUUCUCACCACAGAGAAACAGAACUUCCUGCUGUUCGACAUGACGACGCAUCCGCUUACAAACAACACACUCAAGCAGCGACUGGUGAAGAAGGUGCAGGAGUCGGUGUUGGAGAAGUGGGUGAACGAUCCGCAGCGCAUGGACCGGAGAGUGCUGGCCCUAAUUCUCCUGGCCCACUCCUCGGACGUGCUGGAGAACGCCUUCGCCCCGCUGCCGGACGAGCAGUUUGACCUGGGCAUGACGCGAGUGCGCGGCCUCUUGGAGCUGGAGCCCGAGACGGAAAGCGCCAAGCCCAACGCCAAUGAGUUGAUGUGGGCCGUGGUGGCGGCGUUCACAAAAUGAAAAAAA